GCAAUAAGCGCGUGGAAUUGCGCUUUGGUCAUCACUGUCGAUUAUUGAAUUGAAGUCUCUCAGACGCAGAAAUACAAGGAGCCAACCGACAUCCUCAACCUUACAUCCCAUUUCCCUACAUUUCUUCCCUCUCUUUCUUUUCCAUUCUCCCUUCACAAUUUUCCCACAACCCUUUUUUUUCCUUUCAUUUUUUUAAUUUUUUUUUUUUAAAUUCUUCCAUCGUUUUUUUCCUUCCUUCAGAGAAAAUAAACCAUAACGAUUUUGUUUCAGCUCUUCUUAGCUCACCCCAAACCAAAUCCAAUUCCAUCACUGCAUUGAUCCGUUUCCUUCAAAUUAUUCAGCAAUGGACGAGUUCGGCGUUUUGACCGAAAAGUUCGGUCUCAAACCGCAAGGAAAAUCCGCUCCAAUGGCAAGGGCAAAGCGACCUCCGAAUGUCGCUGAUUCCCAAACACGCCCCAAUCCCAAAUUCCCCCUUAACGGAUCCCCGUCUCACCAAAAUUCCACCUUCGAUUUCGAUUACGGAGUUUUCAGCAACAGCAACACCGACAACAAAACGCAGCGUUUCGACGACAUCUUUGGCGGAAACGCCAAAUCCAACGGCGCUUCGUUCGAUUACGAUUCCAUAUUCGCCGGAUCGAACACACCAGUUUCCACGUCAUCUUAUGUGGAUGACAUAUUCGGUGGAAUACAUGGGAAGAGUGUCGGUGUUGAUGAUCUGCUUGAUAAGAUUGGUGGCUUAAAUACAAACGCUAAAAGUCCAAACGCAAAAUCACCCGCUUUUGAUGAUUUGAUCCCUGGCUUUGGUGUUUCCAAUAAUGGUGUUGGGAUGAACAAUCCAAGUGUUACUCCAAACAAACCUGCUGCAGCAGCGGCGGCGUCUCAUGAUGAUCCGUUUUUUAUAUUUGAAACUGCUUCAAGCUCGCCGUCUUCAGAAUCUUUCCUGGACGCGCUGGAGCAGAUUAGUAAGUUGAAUAAUUCUAAAGGGACAAAAGGAGGUUCCCCAUCAUUGAAGUCUCCACCCAAGCCAAUGAGUAAAGUUAAUAGUCUGAGUGUAUCAACAAUCGAUGAGCUUGAGGACUUUGCCAUGGGUGGGACACAGACUAAUGCUAGUAGUAGAAAGGCCAAUGUUAAAGCUGCUGAGACUAAACAAAACUUGGCGGCUAGGAUGAACAAUGGUAAAAGAGUUCCAGCUGCAAAAGUGAAUCAGGCAAACGGUGUGGAUGAUCUUGAAUCCUUUUUCAGCAUGGGCUCUCGAUCAAGCAGUGUGCCAAAGUCAAGGACUCCAACUAUGGAUCGUAUGUAUGAUAACCAAAUGAAGAACAAAGGGAAACCUGAGGUGUCACCAAGAGUGCCAUCUAGAUCCUCAGCAAAUGUGAAUAAAUCUCCAGUGAUGACAUCUCUUGAUGACCUGUCUCUGAUGUUUGGGGGUUCCCCGUCAUCUGAAUUCCAGGAGGUUGAAGGGGAAACUGAAGAAAGACGAAAAGCAAGAUUAGGACGUCAUCAGAGAGCACAAGAGCGAGCGUUAAAAGCAGUGAAUGAUAUGAACCAGCGUGACCUUCAAACUAAGAUGGAGCAAGAAGAGAGGAGGAAAAUUGCUGAUACUGCGGAUGUUCAGAUAAAGCGCUGGGCUGCAGGGAAAGAAGGCAAUAUGCGGGCAUUGCUAUCAACAUUACAAUAUGUUCUUUGGCCAGAAUGUGGUUGGCAGCCAGUGUCUCUGACAGAUAUGAUUACCUCUUCUGCAGUUAAAAAAGUGUAUAGAAAAGCAAAUUUAUGUAUUCACCCAGAUAAAGUUCAACAGAAAGGUGCUACUCUUGAACAGAAAUACACAGCGGAGAAGGUUUUUGACAUUCUUAAGGAAGCUUACACCAAGUUCAAUGCGGAAGAGCUUUCUUAGAUCCCACUGCUAAUGUCUUUGCAAAAUCAAUAGAUCUAUUAGCACUUGCACGGUUUCGGCAUCGGCCUGUUUGCUUGCCUAGCUGGUGCCUCAUAUAUUUGUUUUUGUGCCGUUGAAGAUAACUGCAUAAAUGUUUCGUGGCAUCGUUUGGCAGCAGAUUCUUUUUCCCUAUAACGUUGAACGCUCUACGGUGAGUUACCGAGUUAUAACAUAUCUUUGUAAGUAAUUAUGUUGAUUGAUUCAGGUCAAUGUACAAAUUUUAAAUGUUCAUGAUUCCCUAAGGUCAGACAAGGGUUUAUCUUAUUAGAUAUGCACAAUUGCACGCAUAAUAUAUUUUGUGGGAAUGAGUGGUAAUUUUAUACUUGUAACUAGGCUUUUGUACGAAUAGAAAUGUUUCGAUUGAUUUUUUUCAUUUGAAUCAAGGAGAUUGUUUGUGAUUUUGA